AUGGAAAGUAGUAGAGGAAUCUACAAACCCAUCAGGGUGUUGUUUGGCACACCCAUUUAUGAAACAACUUUGGACACUUGUUGGCAUCUUCAGGGCUACAAGACCCAGAUUGCAGUGAUGAGGGAGUUCCUCAGGCUUCAGCAGGAAGAUCAUAUUCCACCUCAGAUCACUGCUGAAGAUAUGAGCAACUUACUGGUGCAGGAGAGCAAAAAGACAGUGAGAGAGCAGCUCUGGGAGUUUAAAAUGGAGGAUUUUGAAGAAAAAGAGGCCAAACCUCUUCUGAAACUGGUGUGGGCAGUAAAUGUUAACAACAGAAUGAGGGAUGUUGAGUUUCAAGCCCAGAUGCUCCUGAAAUUUCCAAAGGCCACACCUCCUACAUUUCAAAAUCCUAAACUCCUCAGCAUGGCCAACAAGUACAUUGAGAUGCUCAUAGAGAUGCAGCAGGAAACCCAGACCUCCAGACUGCUCACCGCAGAGGACGUGGUGAUAGAGGUGGUUCCACGAGUCCUGCAGGGCUUCUGGCAGCUUCCUCCCAAACCCCUCUUGAACAUGGCAUCCAAGAGUCUGAGUGUACUCUGCACCAGUGUUACAAAGGCAACUUUGGAUAAGGUCUCCAAGACUGUCACAACAAUGGAAAGCCAGGCCAUCUUCUCCAGCUCCAUCAGAGAUGGCCUGGUCCAGACCAUCUUGAGAGAAAUUAGAGAGCAAAUGCCACUUGACAUUCUUCUGAACAGCAUUUCAAACGUUGCACCAAAGCUGCUCAGUACAAUUGCUGUUGUAGCACAGAAACACAUUUGCACUCUCUUUAAAGAAACACCUUUCCAAAGUCUGCCGACGUCUGGGGUUCUGCCAAGUGAGGAACCCACUGCUGAACCUCCUUCCUGGUCUGAGGCUCUGCCCAGUGAGGAACCCACUGCUGAACCUCCUUCCUCGUCUGAGGCGCUGCCUAGUGAGGAACCCACUGCUGAACCUCCUUCUUCAUCUGAGGCUCUGCCUAGUGAGGAACCCACUGCUGAACCUCCUUCCUCGUCUGAGGCUCUGCCCAGUGAGGAACCCACUGCUGAACCUCCUUCCUCGUCUGAGGCGCUACCCAGUGAGGAACCCACCGCUGAACCUCCUUCCUCAUGUAAGGGUCAUCUCAGUCAGGAACCCACUGCUGAACCUCCUUCCUCAUCUGACGCUCUGCCCAGUGAGGAACCCACUGCUGAACCUCCUUCCUCGUCUGACGCUCUGCCCAUUUCUGAAACAUAA